AUGAAAUGUCAGAAUUAUAAUAGUCGUCCAAAAACUCUUGAUGAAAUACAUGGGGAUAUUCUUGAUCAUGGGUUCGAUGUGACAUACCAAACGUGGAUCCAUCAUGGUGAGAAACCUCGUGAGAAUAAUUCCACUGUUAGAGCUUCCGCGUUACCCGCUAAUAAUGUUGUGAGUGAAGCUUAUUUUCCGAGAAUGGUUGACUUGUUCUUAGACACACUAGGUCGCACUGAGCUUGGUAACCAUGAAAAUGGUGCUAUUGAUGAAGAUGGUUCAAAUGCUAAUGUUGAAGAUGGUUCUGGUGCUAAUGUAGAAGGUGGUGCUGGUGCUAGUGUUGAAGAUGGUGUCGAUGCCGAUUUCAGAAAUAGGAUGUUGGAUGCAUUACAACCCCUGUAUCCAGAUUGUGGUGGUGAACAUACAAAACUGUCGACAGUGAUUGAGCUGCUUAGUUUGAAAGCAAGGUAUCAGUGUUCCAAUGAGUAUGCUGAUUAUGAAGAGUGUCCUAAAUGUCAUGCAAGUAGAUGUCAAGUACCUCCUGAAGGAAGUGAUCCAAAUGCUAGAAAAGUGCCAGUGAAGAAACUAAGGUUUUUCCCAAUUACUGAAAGGUUACAGCGUUGGUAUGGUACUCCAUGGAUUGCUGAGCAGAUGAAGUGGCCUGAGUUUGCUGCUGAGAAACGUAAUGUGCGUCUAGGACUAGCCACUGCUGGUUUUAAUCCUUUUGGAAUGAUGACUACACACAGUACUUGGCCCGUAAUGGUUUUUCCUUUUAACCUUCCCCCAUCAGUAUGCACGUCAAAAGAUUUUACACUGUUAGCACUACUUAUUCCUGGUCCAAGUGGUCCCAAUGGCAACAUUGAUGUUUAUUUGCAGCCCUUAAUUGAUGAGUUAAUUGAGUUAUGGUUAAAAGGAAACCUAACGUAUGAUGCGCACACAAAGACUUCCUUUACAAUGAAAGCAAUUUUAAUGUGGUGUAUACAUGACUAUCCGGCUUAUGCGUAUAUGUCUGGUCUGCGAACAUCUGGAAAAUUUGGUUGUCCGGCAUGUGGUGAAGAUACUGAGGCUCUGAGGCUGAAAUGGGGUAAUAAGUUUGCAUACAUGGGUCAUAGAAGAUUUUUAAGAGAUCGGUCUCACCCUUACAGACGUGAAACCGACAAGUUUAAUGGAUUUAAGGAAGAUAGGGGUGCACCAAUUCGUUUGAGUGGCGUUGAAUUGUUUGAUAGGACAGCAACAGCAAACAAGGAAUUUGGGAAGAUGGUAAAGCGGUCACUAGUUGAUUCUCCGUAUUCGAAGAGAUCAAUUCUAUACAAUCUGCCAUAUUGGAAGUUUCUGCAACUUCGUCAUAAUGUGGAUGUGAUGCAUGUAGAAAAGAAAUUUGCAGAGAACAUGUUUGGGACUUUCAUGAACCACAAGGACAAGUCUAAGGAUGGGGAUCCAACGCGCAAGGAUUUGGAACUGCUGAACUUAAAACCUGACUUGUGGUUGACGGAAACAAAUGGUAAAGUAGAACGCCCCCCAGCUCCUUAUUGCUUGCCUAAAAAUGAAAGAGAACUAGUCUGUAAAACUUUUAGCAAACCGAAAGUUCCUAUUGGUUAUAGUGGAAACUGGAAAAAGAAAGUGGAUAUGAAAGAGUUACAAUUUAAGUGUUUGAAGUCCCACGACUACCACAUGCUUAUGCAGGGUUUGAUGCCAAUUUUUAUAAUGUAUUGUUUCAAAGAUCAUAAGCUUUUGCGUGAGGCAAUACGUCAAUUGUCAUUGUUUUACAAAGUUCUUUGUUCUAAGGUUAUUGAUCGUGAAGCGCUUCGUCUAAUGCACGAACGUGUUGUGGAGUCUUUAUGUGUGUUUUAG